AUGAAGGAUGCUAAAUAUUAUAAGGACUAUCGUAGUGUAAAAUCAAAGGUUGCUAAACAUUUAUCUUUAAUUCAGCUGGACCUUUCCAAUGCACAUGAUGAUCAUAAUAAAAAUUCUGACCCUAGCGCAGUUUCACCAUCAGGGGACUCUUCUCAGCAUAGUGAAGAAAGUUUGUUUUCAAAUCUGGGUCAUAUUCAACAGUCAUUGUCUGCAUUUGAAUGUGACCUCACUGUCCAUGAGGAUACUGUUGAAAACGAGUCGAGAGUAUCUACUAGGUUAGGUCAAAUUUGCCCCUCUGUUACUGACGACAGCAUCUUUGAUAUAGAUGCUGCAUGUGAGAAUAGGUGUCUUUCAGAUUUUGAUUCUGACUCGUCAGAUGACACAUUGGAUGAUUCAGAACUUGAAGAUGAUCUGCGUGUCUGGGUUUCACUGUUCAAUAUCCCAAUAAAUGCACAAGUCAUCAGAAGGCUGUCUGAGAAGUCAAAUGCUACAAGAGAGCUGAUCAUUCCAAAUACAGGAAUUGUGAAGAAAAGGCAUAAUAAUGGUCCACGCAUUCAGGACUAUGAAAAGGUGAGCCUUCGAAUGAAAAAGGCAGAAGAGACCACUGACCUGGCCACCUCUGAUGAAGAAAGAAGCAAAAGAAAGAGAAAGCCAGCGAAAAAAUUGUAUGAAUCUGACUCUGAUUCUGACUUGUCAGAUGACAAUGAAGGACCAAAGAGGAAGCCAGCCUCAUCAUCCGCACUGACUUCUGACAGUCCAGGAUCGCAGUCACUGUUUGCUGCUACAAGAUGUACCUACACUCCACCACCAUUACCAUCACUGCAUAUGUCUGCUGUUUCCUCGCCAUCAGUUUCCCACAGGCCACCACAAGCAACACCCAGUCCUGUAGCAGGAGGCUGUUCUAGUACACCAGUUCGUCCAGUGCAGGCCCCACUGGCACAUUCCAUUGGAACAGGUGCGGUCACACAGAUUUUGACAAUCUUGGAGGAAAUGCGGGAAGAGCAAAGGGGGAUUAAGAGACUUCUUAAUCAGUUGGUGUUGCAAGGAGGCCCGGUCCCAGACAACAUGAAUGCUCUUCCGGAGGGAAUUUCCUUCCCAGUGUCAUCCCUGGAAGCAAUGGAAGCCUUGGAGGAGCUACUUCAGGACGCCAACAAUGCAACAGCUGUGGCGAGAUACAUGUAUACCAUUGGUGGGGUAGAUAUAAGAGAGAUGGUUGACAGAUUUAUGAAGGAGACGCUCACCAACAAUGUUGCAAAAAUGUACAACAUGAAGGGGUUGAAGGGCAAACAGAAGUUCGGAGCUUGUCACUGCUGA